AUGUCAAAAGCUGUUGGUAUAGAUUUAGGUACAACAUAUUCUUGUGUUGCGCAUUUUGCAAAUGAUAGAGUUGAAAUUAUAGCAAAUGAUCAAGGUAAUAGAACUACACCUUCUUUUGUUGCGUUUACUGAUACUGAAAGAUUAAUUGGUGAUGCUGCAAAGAAUCAGGCUGCUAUGAAUCCAGCAAAUACUGUUUUUGAUGCUAAAAGAUUAAUUGGUAGAAAAUUUGAUGAUCCAGAAGUUUUAAAUGAUGUUAAACAUUUCCCAUUUAAAGUUAUUGAUAAAGGUGGUAAACCAAAUAUUCAAGUUGAAUAUAAAGGAGAAACUAAAGUAUUUACACCGGAAGAAAUUUCAUCAAUGGUUUUAGGUAAAAUGAAGGAAACUGCUGAAGGUUAUUUAGGUACUAAAGUUAAUGAUGCUGUUGUUACUGUUCCAGCUUAUUUUAAUGAUUCACAAAGACAAGCUACUAAAGAUGCUGGUUUAAUUGCUGGUUUAAAUGUUUUACGUAUUAUUAAUGAACCUACUGCCGCUGCAAUUGCUUAUGGUUUAGAUAAAAAAGAUUCAAAAGGUGAACAUAAUGUUUUAAUUUUUGAUUUAGGUGGUGGUACCUUUGAUGUUUCAUUAUUGGCAAUUGAUGAAGGUAUUUUUGAAGUUAAAGCUACUGCUGGUGAUACUCAUUUAGGUGGUGAAGAUUUUGAUCAUAGAUUAGUCAAUUUCUUUAUUCAAGAAUUUAAAAGAAAACACAAGAAAGAUAUUUCUGGUAAUCAAAGAGCUUUAAGAAGAUUAAGAACUGCUUGUGAAAGAGCAAAAAGAACUUUAUCUUCAUCUGCUCAAACUUCAAUUGAAAUUGAUUCAUUAUAUGAAGGUAUUGAUUUUUAUACUUCAAUUACAAGAGCAAGAUUUGAAGAAUUAUGUGCUGAUUUAUUUAGAUCUACAUUGGAACCUGUUGAAAAAGUUUUGAAAGAUUCAAAAAUUGAUAAAUCACAUGUUCAAGAAAUUGUUUUGGUUGGUGGUUCAACAAGAAUUCCAAAAGUUCAAAAAUUAGUUUCAGAUUUCUUUAAUGGUAAAGAAUUGAAUAAAUCAAUUAAUCCUGAUGAAGCUGUUGCUUAUGGUGCUGCUGUUCAAGCUGCAAUUUUAACUGGUGAUACUUCAUCAAAAACUCAAGAUAUUUUAUUAUUGGAUGUUGCUCCAUUAUCAUUAGGUAUUGAAACUGCUGGUGGUAUUAUGACUAAAUUAAUUCCAAGAAAUGCAACAAUUCCAACUAAAAAAUCUGAAACUUUUUCAACUUAUGCUGAUAAUCAACCAGGUGUUUUAAUUCAAGUAUUUGAAGGUGAAAGAGCUAAAACUAAAGAUAAUAAUUUAUUAGGUAAAUUCGAAUUAUCAGGUAUUCCACCAGCUCCAAGGGGUGUUCCACAAAUUGAAGUUACUUUUGAUAUUGAUGCAAAUGGUAUUUUAAAUGUUUCUGCUUUAGAAAAAGGUACUGGUAAAACACAAAAAAUUACUAUUACUAAUGAUAAAGGUAGAUUAUCAAAAGAAGAUAUUGAAAGAAUGGUUUCAGAAGCUGAAAAAUAUAAAGAAGAUGAUGAAAAAGAAUCUUCAAGAAUUCAAGCUAAAAAUCAAUUGGAAUCAUAUGCUUAUUCAUUGAAAAAUACUAUAAAUGAUGGUGAAAUGAAGGAUAAGAUGUCUGCUGAUGAUAAAGAAAAAUUAACAAAAGCAAUUGAUGAAACUAUUUCAUGGUUAGAUGCUUCACAAGCUGCUGCAACUGAAGAAUAUACUGAUAAACAUAAAGAAUUAGAAUCAAUCGCAAAUCCAAUUAUUUCUGGUGCUUAUGGUGGUGCUGGUGGUGCUCCAGGUGCUGGCGCUGGAGGAUUCCCAGGCGGUGCUCCAGGUGCUGGUGGUGCUCCAGGUGGUGAAUCAAGUGGUCCAACUGUUGAAGAAGUUGAUUAA